UUUUCUUGUUUACGUUGACGUUGUUUUUCACAUUUUGAGAAUUUCAGCUUAGAAUUCUAUUUGCGACCAUUUUCGGGAUAGUUAUAGCUUCGUCAUGACGUCGGUUACUGCCUCCACGGAUGUUGAGGAAGAUCGCCUUCAAAAGCGUGUGAAUAAAAUUUUGGAAACUCGUUUGGAUGCUGAAAAGGAAACUUUGGAAUCUCUGCAAGAUUUGUCCAACUUUUUCACUGACAACACCUUACAGAAUCGUCGGAAUCUGCGUAGCCGCAUAGAGAAACGAUCGGUAUUCAUAAACGGUGAAUUUCUCAAAGCCUUUCGCGAGGUUAAAAACAGCUUGGAUUUAGUCAUUACUGAUUUGGAUACCUUGGCGGAUUCUGUACAGGCUAUGAAAAAUGAUUUGGAAUCUUCGAAAGCUCUAACCCAUGAUCUUAUAAAGCAGACAAAUUCCCUGCAAGAGGAGCGUGAUCGUCUGCAAUUGCAUAAGCAAAUUGCAGAGGCUUUCAUGGCCCGCUUCCAAUUGAAUGUGCCUGAACAUCAAAUAUUGUAUGGCACUUCAAAGGACACGCCCAUUGUGGCCGAGUUCUUCGAUGUUUUGGAUCGUGUGCAGAAUAUACACUCCGAGUGCCGAGUGCUGAUGCAGUGUGGCUACCAAACAGCAGCUGUGGAUAUAAUGGAAGAAAUGACCUUGCAUCAAGAGGGAGCUUUGGAGCGACUUUAUCGUUGGACUCAAAAUCAUUGCAGGAAUUUGGAAAACAAUGAAAUUGGCCAGUUGGUCUGUCGAGCUAUGGGAAGGCUACAAGAUAGACCAGUUUUAUUCAAAUACGUCAUAGACGAAUAUGCCAUAGCUCGUAGAGCUGUUCUGGUUCGUUUAUUUAUUGAAGCCCUAACUGAGGGUGGACCUGGAGGCAAUCCCAAGCCCAUUGAAAUGCAUGCCCAUGAUCCAAAACGUUAUAUAGGAGAUAUGUUUGCAUGGCUUCAUCAGGCUAUACCCACGGAGAAGGAUAAUUUGACAAUGUUGUUCAAACAAUGUGACAAAAAUGACAUCUCUGAACAAAUGCGUAAUGCCUUGGCCUAUAUUGUUGAUGGAGUUUGCCAUCCAUUGAAGGUGCGCGUGGACACCAUAUUGACUUCCGAAAAAGAUACCAUUGUGCUGUUUGCCAUCUCAAACUUGCUACGAUUCUAUCAACAAAUAAUGAAGCAAGUCGUUAAGGGUGGAACUUUAGAGCAAUGUCUUACUGAUUUGCAAAAAUCCAGUGAAGAGAUCUAUUUGAAUUCUUUGGCAUCUCAAGUGAAACACAUUUUACAAAGACCUGCUGGGUCGGCUGUUGAGCCGCCACAAAGAGAUUUAGUACCACCAGCAAGUUUGGGUCGUCUAUUGAAUCUACUCAAAGAAAUUCUUUCUGUGGCCACUAUGGUGGAUGGCCGUCAAUCUGAUAUAACCAAAAUUGUAUCCUGUGUUAUUGAUCCUUUGUUGCAGUCUGUGCAAGAGUCCGCUUCACACUUACCCACUGUUGAUAUGUCCGUCUAUUUGCUCAACUGUAUCUAUCACAUGCAAAGUACUUUGGCCGUUUAUGAAUAUAUGGAUGAGAGGGUGGAACGUUUACAGGCACAAUCGGAGGCACAAAUCGAUACGUUAACUUCGGAGCAAGCCUCUUCGUUGGUGGCCAAUUUACAAUUGGGUCCAAUCUAUACAAUAUUGCAGACAAAUCAAUCACAGAUUGAAUCAAAUCUUCUAAAGAUUUUCAUGAAUAAAAUGGAUGCUUUCCUUCAAAUGCCCGACGUUUUGUUGCUGCCACAAAUACAAUUGAUUAUGUCAAGUUCACAUCGCAGUGCGGUGCAGAAAAGAUCAUUUAAUGUAAUUGUGGCUAUAUACAAACAAAUCUACGAGAGAGUUCAUGAUCCAGCGAACGGUUUUGACCAUCCAGAGGCAAUAUUUUCCAAAACUCCCGAUCAAGUAUCAAAAAUACUGGCUAUUUAAUGACAGAUAAGUUAUUUAUUAUUACAUAUUUUUUUAAAAGAUAAAAGUUAAAAAUUAACAAGCGACAUUCCUAGGCAGGAUCUGAAA